CUCGCUUAGACUGCCUAGACGGGUGCUAGCGGCAUCUUGCCUUAUGACUACGACGUUGAACGCUGUAGGUUUUUUGGGGGGAUACUGCGGUGCUGUAUAUCUCGGUUUUGUUGCAAUAGAGAAAUAUAUUGACAAAACUACUGAUCCACUAUCCUUUUGUGAUCCUCCAUCGUUUGGAGUACCUAAUAAUCGCAUACCAUAAUUCGUCACUGAAAAUAUCACCUACCGCUCACCCUCCCCUCACUUCACCUGUUCUCAAAAUGUCAUCUUCUCCGGAAAACCUCACGGUGAAAGUCGAAUUCAGCGGUGGCCUGGAACUUCUCUUCUCAAACAAACGCACCCACACAAUCACACUCCCCGCCCACACCCCCUCUACAUCAACCACACCAACAACAAUUCGCGAUCUCGUAAUCUACCUGUGCGAUGAAUUGAUGCGGGAUCCGCGUCGUGAUCUUUUCGUGCUGGAUGGGACUGUACGACCUGGUAUCCUCGUCCUCAUCAACGACGCAGACUGGGAGUUGGAAGGCGAAGACGCGUAUGAAGUCAAGAAUGGGGAUUCUAUUCUUUUUGUUUCGACGCUGCAUGGGGGGUAG